AUGGUGUCUGCUGCCCCAGAGGAGGCCGCGGCAGGCCACGGCCCAGGAGGGUCGGGAGGUGCCGAGGGGACGUUCGGUUUUGCGGCAGGAAGGAAAAGACAGCCUCCUCUCUCCGCCCAGUCCGCCUUUAGCUUCAUCCCGACCAGUCGGGAAGGUCCUCCGGAGCUCAGCUACUUCAACAGGAAAGCCAAGACAGGAGAUAUUUCCACUUAUGAUGCCAUUUUUAAAAGACAAGAGGGUUACAACGAACAUCUUCACCGAAGUGACCGACAACAUGCAAAGAGUCGUGGUCUUAACAUUAUUGAGGAGGAAAUGGCAAGACCUGUCGCUGUUUUGUCAUCUUCAGAGUAUGGGAAGCGCAUAAACAAGCCCUUAGAGCAGCCAGUUAAAACUCAUGCAAGGAUUAAUCACGUGAAGGCAGAUUUCUACAGGAGAAAUGGCAUCAUCUGCUUAACGGAAAGACCUUGUCCAAGCCUGGAUCCAUGCUAAAUCUCUCAUAUCUGUCAUUGCCAGCAACAUUUAUGUGGGAAAAAA